AUGUCAGUUUUUAAGCUCGGCAAAGGGGGUGUGGGGGGCAAUGCCCCCAGCAUAAAUGACAAUCAACCAUAUAAACCUAACAACAUUAAACCAAGAGUGGAUGCUAAUGGGAUGAGGCUGGAGUGGGCGAGACCUGACCUAACGCCCGGGUUUGUUUAUGAGUGGGCAGACCAAAAAGAACAUGUAGUGAACAAACAGCUGUCGUACAUAGGAAGGACAUCAGUGGUUAAGGAAAAACUGGAACAUGGAGACAUUUCACUGAAAAUCUCAAAUGUGACCAUCUCUGACGAGGGAAUAUACAGAUGCCUUGUUCCACAAGUGGGUCAAGAGGCCUUCAUUAAACUCAUUGUUGGUGCUGUCUCCUUUCCUACAGUCACUGUAAUAAGCAAAACCAGCAGCAGGGUGGUGUUACAGUGUGAGUCUGCAGGCUGGUAUCCAGAGCCUGAGCUGCUGUGGUUGGACGGUGAGGGAAACCUCCUCUCUGCUGGACCUACAGAGACCCUCAGAGGUCCUGAUGACCUCUAUACUGUCAGCAGCAGAGUGACUGUGGAGAAGAGACACAGCAACAACAUCACCUGCAGAGUCCAACAGAGGAACACCAACCAGAGCAGAGAGACACACACACAUGUUCCAGUCUUGUCCUGGUCUUUGAAAUUGGUCUUGGUUCCGGGCUUACUCGCUGUGUUUCUUAGUGUUCUAUUGAGCAUUCACAGAUGGCGACUUAAGGAAUGA